UCGUCCGCGCCCUCCCGCUCCUCCCACGGCCCGUUAUUACCAGCGCUUUUGUCUUAAGGUCAUAAAUCUUCCUCUCCGUCGUUCCUCGGGCAGAGAGAACAUGGAUCCAUAAAGGUCCAAACCCACCGCUUUGCAUGCCUCCUCAUCUCAUAAAUCGGACUCCGGGCCGCGGCUGUCCCCGGACAAUGGCGGGUCCCUGCAGCCCGGGGGGCGUCGGCCGCGUGCUCCCGCACUGCCCCGGCCCGACGCCCCCAAAUCGCGCGGGGCCGAGCUGGGGCGGGGCCAGGCCCCGCCGAGCCGCCGCACGAGCUCAGGCUGGAGUCCUCUUGCGAAUUUUCUGCACUGAGGAUUCCACCCUGCCCGAUGUUGGCGCGGGAGGGAUCCUUGCGUGUGUUGAAAACCCUGAGGAUUCAGCUUCCCGAAGGCUCAGAUAAACCGGGGAUUUGGAAAAGACCUCUGGAUUCCAAAAGCAGGAGCUUCAGAAGUGAGCCGAGCCAGGGAGGAGCCGAAGGGUGUCUGAUUUGGGCCUUUCCUUGGUGUUUCCACAGUGGUGGGUUGAAGGUCAUGAGCCUGGGCUGAUGCAGUUGGUGAAUUACUACAGAGGGGCUGACAAACUGUGUCGCAAGGCUUCUUUAGUGAAGCUGAUCAAGACAAGCCCAGACCUGGCUGAAUCCUGCACAUGGUUUCCAGAGUCCUAUGUGAUUUAUCCGACUAAUCUCAAGACCCCAGUUGCUCCAGCACAAAAUGGAAUUCACCCACCGAUCCAUAACUCAAGGACAGAUGAAAGGGAAUUCUUCCUGGCUUCUUAUAACAGAAAGAGAGAAGAUGGAGAGGGCAAUGUUUGGAUUGCAAAGUCAUCAGCUGGUGCCAAAGGUGAAGGCAUUCUCAUCUCCUCGGAGGCUACAGAGCUUCUGGAUUUCAUUGACAACCAGGGUCAGGUGCAUGUGAUCCAGAAAUACCUUGAGCACCCUCUGCUUCUGGAACCAGGUCACCGCAAGUUUGACAUUCGAAGCUGGGUCUUGGUGGAUCAUCAGUAUAAUAUCUACCUCUAUAAAGAGGGUGUGCUUCGGACUGCUUCAGAACCAUAUCAUGUUGAUAAUUUCCAAGACAAAACCUGCCAUUUGACCAAUCACUGCAUUCAAAAGGAGUACUCAAAGAAUUAUGGAAAGUAUGAAGAAGGGAACGAAAUGUUCUUUGAAGAGUUCAAUCAGUACCUAAUAAGUGCUUUGAACAUUACCCUGGAAAGUAGUAUCUUACUACAAAUUAAACAUAUAAUAAGAAGCUGCCUCAUGAGCGUGGAGCCUGCCAUCAGCACCAAGCACCUCCCUUACCAGAGCUUCCAGCUCUUUGGCUUUGACUUCAUGGUGGACGAGGAGCUGAAGGUCUGGCUCAUUGAGGUCAACGGCGCCCCGGCUUGUGCUCAGAAGCUUUAUGCAGAACUGUGCCAGGGCAUCGUGGACUUAGCCAUAUCCAGUGUCUUCCCACCCCCCGACGUGGAGCUGCAGCACAUCCAGCCGGCUGCCUUCAUCAAGCUGUGACCGGGGGAGGGGCUCAGAGCUGCCUCGGAGGAAGCGCGAGCUCCUGCUCCAGGGGACGGGGAAAUGUCAGGACUGCUCUGUACCAAGCCAGAACUGGAGAAGGACAGGCAACCGGCAAAGCCGUGAUGGAAGGGAGAACACAAGAAGAAAAGGCAACUUCCCCAAAGAGUGGUGGCUCAGGGGUUCCCAGGCGGCGCUCUCAGCACUGCUAUUGAGACGUGAAAACUGAAGCAAAUUUCUCUGAGGGGAGAGCGAAAUAUUCUUCUAAGGGGAAAAGAUAGGGAUUUGAUUAUUUUAUGUUCUCAUCCUUUAAAAAAAUCCAGUGUUUAUCCUAAGGCAGCAUUGGGAGCAGCGCCUCUCCUCCCUGGGAGUUGAGACUGUGGGACCGUUGGUUGGUGUCUUUCCACCUGCUGCAGCCUUAGUGCCUUAGCUCUAUGCCCAGCUGCAACCCUUCCGUCGGGAAAGGGAUUGGGUGUUAUAGCAUCUCGAGGUUGCCAGUGUGUUCCCUGCCCAUCCCUCUCCACAGCACCCUGCCCGUGAAAGUCUGGACGAGCCUGCACCAACAGUCCUUGGUUUCGUGCUGGGCAUCACCUCACAGCGAAGGGGGCUUUCCUCAUCAUGUUCCUGGUGGCGUUUGGUCAGUAGACUACCUGUCAGGAUUGGUGUGGGCUGGGCACCAAAACAGCAAAUGCUGCUCUCGAUCUGCUCUGUGCAUGUUUUAGAAACCAAGCAGCAAGUUUGCUGCAAACCCGUAAGCAUCAAAUAAGCAUGAGAGAGAAAAAAAACACGAUAUCUUGCUUUACUUAGUAGUUGGGUGUGUGGGUCUUUGAAAUAUGAUGAGUCUCAGUUACCUUUGUUUUAACCAGAAUUCUACAUGCCCUUUUGCAAAGUUCCCUUUUGUUCGUUUUUUUUUGUUGUUGUUGUUUUAACUUUUGUAAAAACCCCCCUAGGGGGCAGAAGUAGAAUUCCACGCACACACACCCCACCACCACCACCAGGUGGCACUCCCCCAGACACAGGUAGCUCUCCUCCAUUUUCUUGCCCUCCAAGCACCUUCUGCAGGAGCUGGAAGGGCGGGUUUUGUUCCAGGGAGGAUUCUCUGCCUGCUUGUGCCUCUUUACACCAGGGCAUGGGGCUAAAAUGAGUGUAUGUCUGGCCUGAAUGGGGGAGUCUCCUAAAAUGGGAAAGACGUGGUUUCAGAGCUCCACACAGCAUUGUAUAAGUCAACAAAUAUGUCCUGUUAGGUGCAGUUUUCCACUUACUGGCUCAAAUAUUCUUUAGAUUUUUCAGGAGGCUACAUCACUGGCAGUGGGAAGAGCAAGAUGCUUCUUGUGUUCCGACGUGAGCUGAAUGAACAGGUCCUUCUUAGAAUGUACUGGGAACCACAGCAGGCCUCCUGUCCAGUAUGUGCUGUGUUCUUCCUUUGUGUAUAUGUGUGCUUCAUUACUGUUUCUGUGUGGCACCAGACGACAGUUCUGCAGUCAGGGAGACUUUUCUAAAAAGAGAAAAGAGCAAUGCCUCCUGAAGUAUGAGGGGAUGUGGGAGCUUAUGGUGAAGAAAGGAACAAGGAGUAUUUGAUAGAUGCAGCAGUGGGUGUAGGGUGUGGUGGCAUUAUGUCGGGGUGAAGGAGAAAGGCCCAACUGGUUUGGCUCUUCUGUGAAUUUGGAAUUACAAAAUAUUCUGGUUACCCAGAAUACAGAUAAUGAAGUUUGCAUCCAGAGCAAAAUAAAACAGUCAGCAGUGAAAGUCAAUCGUGGAAGCCCAGCACUGCUGGAUUAGCGCUCGGGGACUUUGAGCAGAUUAUGACAAGGUGCACACCCAUCUAGAAAGUGCAAGGUACUGAGUCCUUGGGAAGUCUCUCUGGACUGGUGACAGGGAAAGCAUGGAGGUUUUUGUUGUGCUACCACACGUGAACGUAGAUUUGUAAUGAUCUUUUGGACCUAAAUUAAAGGGACAUUUGAGAGUUUUCCAUCUCUUACACUGACAGAGCUAAGAAUUUAGACGUUGCAAGUCCAUGGAUCUUGACGGAUCUUCUAAGAAACCUGAAUCAUUGGCAUAUAUGUGAGGGAAGUAAGGCUUUAAAAAGAAAGUUCUGCUUCACUCCUCACAUGGUUUCAAAUACGUAUCUAUUUUAUGCAUUUAUUUUUGAUCGGGUGGGAUGGUUGGCUCAGAACUGUUCCAUACCCUUCCAUGAUACCCUUGGCACAGAUGGUCAUGCCUUGCUCCUCAGUUAGUCUUUAUACGUGCAGUAUGCGUACGUGUCACCAGUAGCUGGGGGAGGGGGUGUUCUUUAUUUGGAGAUGUUAAUUCCAAUCUUGGCAGUGUCAUUUGGCCGCACAGUGUGAGAUGAACCUGUGAUCCUCUCUGUGCCUUAGUGUCUUAUCUCAUGGAACAGAUAGUUGCCUGACCUGGGGACUACCUCAAGGACUUUUAGUGAGGACAGGUGAGAUUAGGAAGACUCAAGAACCUGUGGGACCAAGGUCCUCAGUGCUGACUAUAUGCUGGAAUCACUUGGGAAGCUUUUUAAAAAUGUUCAUUUCUACAGCCUGCCUUUCUCUCCCACCUCUGACCAAUUAAAUCAGAACCUCAGGCAUCAGUGUGCUUUGAGAUGCCUUGAACCACUGCUUGAGAAGGAAGGACAAACACAUUGUUACCUUAGAAUAAUCAAAUAAGGCCUAGGACUUUUUUAAAAAGUUCCUUUUGGAAGGACAGGCAUUUCUUUAAGAAUGACCAUGUUGUUGGUCAAUGUGUUGACCUACGUAUUCAUGAUACAAGCAACUGCUGUCAAAGCAUGUUCUCUUUCUGCUUCUUGUCCCAGCAUUUGUGAACUCAGACAUGCUUUCCUUUCCUUAAACAGUUUGUGAAGCUGUGACAACAAAUGUAAACAGACAGGAAUUUAUAAAUCUGCUAAAUAUGUGUUAAGGGUAUUAAUUAUUGAGAGAAAAGCCCCUUCCCUCCCUCUUAAUGCCUGUGGUAAUUAUAAACUCGAUUUUACCCAGAACAUUGAAGUGCCUCAGUGUCUGUAUGAUACAAUGGAGCAGGUGCUGGCACGCUUACCGGCUGACCUGCUGUUUCACUAGCGCCUCAGGAUAAUUAUCCCAGACUUGGAAUAUCUGGUAGUGUCGGAAAUGUAUGGAAUCCGCAGAACCUGCAAGCAGCAGCAAAGCUACACAGCAUGUUUUCAUUGACAACCAAGGUUGUGUCAAGCAGGUGUGGAUCCAGCCCUGUUGUGGGUGUUGGGGGGACUCUGCUGGAGAAGACCAGGGGCCAGAGUAGGUCCCCCGCAGCACGUGGGUGCUGUGGAGAAAAUUCAGUGAUACACUUGUCUCUGACCUGGACACAGAAUCUGUACCUAAGAGAAAAUGACUUCUGAAAUAAGGUGAUUUUAUGAAUGUUUAAAAUGCCCAGAGCAUUAAAGUAAUAUUUCAAGUG